GGGAGUGCGGGGCUCAGAAGAGAGGGGGCACGGCCGGAGGACCCGAGCUCCCGCGGCUACUGGACCACGGGGGAGCACCGCAGAGGGCGGGGCGUGGGAACCUCUUUGUGGCCCCGGGGAGCAGCUCGGCGGGCGGAGCCGGGGCCGGCCCCGGACCCUGCAGCCUCCGCGGCCUGCUCGCUCGCUGCGCUGCGCCUCCCCACCUCUCCGGCGGGCAGCGGGGCACGAAGGCGCGGGCAGGCGCGCGGCGGCGGGAGCUGGAGCCCGGGAGAGGAGCGCUCGGCGGCGGCGGCGGCGGCGGCGGCGGCGGCGGGGACAGCUCCCACCCCAGCAUGAGCGGGCUGCACGUUGACCGGGCCCGGCUGCCCGGGGUGCAGGAGGUCCGUCAAGAUUUUGCUAUUCUUGAAGAUGGAGCCCUGGCUCAUUGUUUGCAGAAACAAGAAAUUGAACAACAUUAUGCUUCCAACGUGCAGAAGAGUCAGCUUGUUCAGAUGGACAUUCGGAUAGCCCGGAAGCUGCAAGAUGUGGAAAACCAGGAAAGAGAACUGGGAAAAUCUCACCAACAGAAAAAAAUGGAAGAGAGUGACUCUGAGCUGGCUCGAUCAAUCCAGGAAGAAAUUCAGAGGAAAGCGGAAGAGUGUCGGCAAAGAGAAGAAGAUGAUCAGGAAAUAGCCAAGCAAUUGCAAGAGUUAGAAGAAGAAGAAGCAUCUUCCCUUCCGAGCUCCCACAGCACAAGAGAUGUGAAUCACUCCGAACAUGGCGACACAGACCACCUAAAUUGGCAAAUGGCUGAGCUGGAACUCCAGAGUCAGGAGCAACUCCAACAAGAUGAAGAAUUGGCCUGGAGAUUGCAAGAAGAAGAGGAGACUCAUAUAAGAACAAGAAGGAAUCGGGAGCGCAAUGAUGACUAUCGCACCGCACAAGUGGCCCAGGAUGAGGAGAUCGCCAGGUACAUGCAAGAUCAAGAGCUGAAGUACCAUCAGAGAGAGGUUCGGGAAUGGGAGCUAAGAAGGGAAAGCAGAAGCGGAAGCCUCAGUUUCUCUGAACAAAGGCAGAGCAGGAGCAAGAAGACUCCAGUUCCCCUGGACUCUGAGGUUGUGCCCCUUGCUAGAGAUCCACCUCCAGACUGCUCUGACUUUCCAGCCCAAGAAUCCGGGGCACACAGUACAAAGCAGCUGUUUUCUCGGAAUAUUGCUGAAGAAUUGGAUCCAACAUUUAAGUCAAAUGGGACAGACGCACCUGUGGAUGUACCUGCUGUCAGUUCCCAAGCUCUUGCUCAUACGGUGCCGGUAGAGGGUCUUUUUGAAUACAACGAGGAAAUCGCCGAAGCAGCCUUCAUCUCCCCAACCAAGCGUCAGUCGGGACGCCAGAAAACCAAAGAUAAGAAAGAAGCUUGCAAGCAGCAGUGAGAUAGAGCUUCUCGCUGCCCCCACUC